AUGGCUUCCAGACACUCUGCUACGCCUACGGGCCAUGGGGCAGUUUCUCCAGAGAUGAAGAAGCCCAAUAUGAUCUCCGUCGGGGGCUUCCGCAUCGCCACGCAGAAGCUCCCCAUUCUCAAAGCCGAACCGAUUGAGGAGAUGACGAAGCAACUAGGCAUUGCACCACCAGAGAUGAUCUUUGGCGAUAACCAUGUUACAAUUGAACACGAGAAAACUGGUUGGGGGAUCGACUUUAACGCUUUCGACGCGUUGGACCGAGUGGACAAGACCGGACAGUCUAUGCUUCAGGUCGCAUACUCUAAGGAAUGGCAACAAAGCAGAGAGAAAACACACGAGGGGAUCAAAGAGGUCGUCAAGCCGUUCGACUGGUCGUACAGCACUGAUUACAAGGGCACGCUCAGUCCCAAAGCGCGACCAUUUGAAGACACCGAGAAGCCGAUUCCCAUCGAACUGUUGAAGCGCCCAGACCCUAUCCUAUUCUUUGACGAAGUUGUGCUAUAUGAAGAUGAACUCGCGGAUAAUGGUAUUGCGAUGUUGUCCUGCAAGAUUCGAGUGAUGCCGGGCAGACUCCUUCUAUUGUCGAGGUUUUUCAUGCGCCUGGACAAUGUCCUGAUUCGCCUUCGAGAUACCCGCGUCUAUGUUGAUUUCGAGACUCGCGAGGUGAUUCGGGAAUAUCAGUCCAAGGAAUGCGAAUAUGAGAAGGUCCGACAGAUCCUGGCAGGCACGCGAGAUGACAUUCCAGCCUUGAUGAGAGACCCGAACAGGCUCUCUGAGAUCUUGCCUAUUGUGGAGAAGCACUCCGAACGAGUGGUCCUUGCUGGUUAA